CCAUGCGGAUAUACAUGCGAUGUAAAAUGGCCGCGUGAGGAAGUCUGGUUCAAAACAGUUUCAUUUUUUCAUUUUUUCCUCUGAAGCCUCUGAAAUAAAACCUCUCUAAAAACAAACUGCGACACCGAGGAUCCGUCCGGUAGAUACUCAGAGGAAGAGGUUGGAUAAACGGUCCAGAACAGAGCCGGUGGGAUGGCGAAAAGGAUCGCUGAUAAAGAGCUGACGGACAGGAACUGGGAUCAGGAGGAGGAGGGAGAGGAGGCCGGGACGUUUUUGGUUGCAAGUGAAGAUGUGUUGAAGAACCGAGCGAUAAAGAAAGCCAAACGCAGAAAUAUUGGAGAGGCGGAAGGCGGCGGCUCCUCCUUCAAAGGCUUCAAAGGUUUCUCUCUGACCCCGGCGGCAGCGGCAGGAGGAUCGGCUCCGACCGGGUUUGCCGGCUUCGGGAACGGCGGCAGCGGGGGCUUCACGGGUCUUAGCGGUCUGACCAACGGGAGCAGCAGCAGCGCUCCGGCCUUCGGAGGAUUCUUCUCUCCGGCCAGCACCCCCGCACCUGGUCUCACAUUCAGCGCCGACACCAAGCAGACCAAUGGCUCCUCCUCUUCCUCCCAUAAGGAGUACAGCCGGCAGCUGACGGCUCUGAACUGCUCGGUUCGUGAUUGGAUAACGAAGCACGUUAACGACAACCCGCUGUGCGACCUGAACCCGAUCUUCAGGGACUACGAGAAGCACCUCGGCAGCAUCGAGCAGCAGUACGGGGAGAAGAAGAAGGAUACUCCUCCUACUCUUCCUCCCGCAGCCUCCUCUUCGUCACCCUUCUCCUUCAGCAAGACGCCGGCGGAGGAGUCCAAUCAGAGCGUGUCCUUUAACUUCGGGCAGAAGGUGGACAGCAGCGUCGUCGCAGCGCUAGCCUCCAAACCACCGCCCAGCUUCUCCUUCUCCUCCGGGCUGACCUCCUCUUCAUCGUCCUCCCCCUCUAGCCUGUUCGGAGGAGCUGCUUUCAGCGUGCCCAAGACUGAGGCGGCUCGACCCAAAGAUGAAAACGGAGAGGAGGAGUCAGACGAGCCUCCCAAAGUGGAGGUGAAAGAGGUGAAGGAGGACGACGCCUUCUACUCCAAAAAGUGUAAGCUGUUCUAUAAGAAGGACUCUGAGUUUAAGGAGAAAGGAGUCGGGACUCUGCAUCUGAAAAAGGGCGAAGAUAACAAAGUGCAGCUGGUCAUCAGAGCCGACACCAACCUGGGGAACAUCCUGCUGAACAUCCUGCUGCAGGCGUCUCUGCCCGUAUCUCGUCUGGGUAAAAACAACGUCAUGGUGCUCUGCGUCCCGAACCCCCCCGUCGACGACAAGAACCCGACCUGCCCGGUGCCCCUGCUCAUCCGGGUCAAAACCUCAGAGGACGCCGACGAGCUGCACAAACUGCUGGAGGAGAAGAAAGGCUGAGAGAGAGAGACACACACACACACACUGACACACACACACACUGACACACACACACACACACACACUCACUCUUGAUACUCUCAUCCCGGUAUCUCCCCCUCACAACGAGUCGGUUGUCAUACUGUGAAAUCUGUUUUCAAUCACACCGUUCAGACAUUCCUCGACGCUGCUGCUCUUCAUCGUCCACGAUCCCCCCGGACGCAAACACGAGUCGAAAUCGAACCGCUGCUGAUGCUCCGAUCGUUCUGUGGAGGCCAGAGAAACGUCCGUGACUUUCAACAAGCGGUGCUCACUGUCUGUAGAAAAUCACUCUUCGGAAAUUUGCUCGAAAAUUUGGAGGAUUUAAAAAAAGAAUGCUUGUGAAUUUGUGCGUUUUUCCUAGUUAAUUUCUCACAUUUGUUGGUAACCCUUGAAGCUCUGUAAGAAGUGACAGUAGGACAACUCAAAAAGGGAAAUCCUCACCUACAACUCUGGAGUUUACUAGAACAGUAAAGAGUUUCCUGUGACUUAAAUGCCAUAAAUGCAUCAAAAUGAUAAAGUCUUGAUAUUCCUAGAGGUGAAUUAGAAAGAAGACUCGAAAAACACACAAAUGUACUUAAAUAUUUGGGUUUUAUAGAAAAAUGUGGUUAAAAAGGUCAAAUGUUAAAUUGACUCCUGAAAUGAACCAUACAUUGUCCUUGCGUCCCGUGUGAUCACCCCGUCACGGUUGAGCUUUUAUUUUGAAAUCCAGACGAGUCAUGGUCCUCACGCUGAGUUUCCUUCUUUGGAGUGGGGUGGGGGGGCUCCUGAUAGCAGUCCAGUCGAUUUGGUUUUACAAAUUAAAUAUUUGCAGUAACAGUUUUUUUUGUUUUAAUGAAUGAGUGUUUUUUUGCUCUGGGAUUAUUUAUUGUCACGUCGUGCGGAAGCUUCUGGAAACGUGAUUUUAUUUCCUGUCUCAAAGUGUCCUUCGUCUGUCUGAGAACAUUUGUAAAGACGUAAGUGGGGAAUAAAAAGGAAACUAACUCAA